GUAGUAUACAUUAGAAAUACUGCCUGACAUAGCAAGACCUUAGUCGAGCGCUUGGCUUAUGUCCAAACGGGAGGCAUGAUGUGUUCAAUAUCGGCAUCAGCAUAAUCAAUCUCUGCAAUUUGAAUACAUAAGUGAAGGAGCAGAGGGAAGAGAUGAGUGCACUGUUGAUACAUUUGCCAUCGCCUCCGAACACCACUUCCGCUCCAACGCUUCAUAAACAUCAUCAACCGCUUCAAGACUCGGAACAGCGGACAUCAUGUCUUUCCCUGCUCCCACCAAAACAUACCGCACGCAGCCGUACGCCGCAAUUUCCCCGUCUCGCCCGGAACUCUCAAGUAAAGGCAAAAGCGCCUUUAUCUCAGGCGGCGGCGCAGGUAUCGGCGCCUCCAUCGCCAAAUCUCUUUCAAAAUCCGGCAUUACGAGCCUGGGCCUCCUAGGACGCACGAUCAAGUCCCUUGAAGAGACAAAGACUGCCAUUGAAGCCUUGAACGCAGAGACAAAGGUGUUCCUCUAUACUGUCGACGUCACAGAGGCAAAGGCAACCACCGACGCCGUCACCUCCUUCGCCAGCUCCGUCGACGGAGGCAAGAUUGACAUCCUCGUUGCCAAUGCAGCUUACAUGUCCGACCUCAAGACCAUCACCGACUCGGACCCCGAAGACUGGUGGCGUGCUUUCGAGAUUUCCAUCCGCGGCAACUUCAACCUCCUCCGUGCAUUCCAACCCGUCGCAACCCCUAACGCCGCCGUCAUCCACAUCUCCACGGCCGCCAUCCAUCUCCCCUACAUGUUUGGCUACUCUUCCUACCGCGCCUCCAAGAGCGGUGCGACAAAAAUGUUCGAGUACUUCCGCGACGAGAACCCGGGAUUCUUCGUCCUGCAGGUACAUCCUGGCCUCAUUGGCGGCACGGUCAUGUCGGAGAAAUUUGCGCCGAGCGUGGAGAAGUUUGGGCUCACGUACGAUGACAUUGCCCUCCCCGGAGACUUUGUCGUGUGGGCCGUCAGCGAGGAAGCCAAAUUCUUGAAUGGGCGGUUCGUCCACGCGAACUGGGAUGUUGAGGAGCUGGUGAUGCUGAAGGAGAGUCUUGAGAAGGAUCAGAGUCGGUUUACUAUUGGAUUGCAGGGUUGGUACUAGAUCAUGUGGGGGCUGGUCAGGUCUAGUAUUGUAAGUUCUGCACGUAAGCAUUGCACAAGAGAAGACCGUGGGUAUCUUCCGAAGCUCACUGAAACGACCUUGGCCAGCACUUUUCACUCGAG